UCCUCCUCCAGGUUAACUCGGUUUUACCUCCAUCUCCCAAAGAUGACUUUCCUCCAAAGCCAGUGCGACGACGACUGCUACUCCUCCUGCAACUACGGGAGCCUCUACGGCUACCGGGGCUACGACUGCGGCAGCCCCUGUGGCUACCGGGGCUACGGGAGCCUCUACGGCUCCCGCGGCCUCUACGGCUUCGGGGACCGCUACGGCUACGGCAGCUUGUACGGCUACCGGGGCAUCUUCGGCUCCGGGGACUGCUACGGCUCCGGGGGGCUCUAUGGGGGCUAUAGGGGUUUCUACGGCUCUGGGGACUGCUCUGGAUACCCCGGGUUUUACUCCAGCCGCUACGGGUACCCCUUCGGCUCCCGCUACGGCCAAAGGUUCGGCUACGGGGGCUGCUACAGCUUGUAAAGCCAGCGGGAGCGACCCCGAAACCCAGCCCGGGUUUUGGAUUGGUGGAGUCCGGCAGAGUUUUGGGGACAAGAGCCACCCCCGGGGUGCUCCGAGAGCUCUGCGCUGCUGCUGAAGGGCUGGCGAUGAUUCGCCUUCAUCCCGCUGCUGCUCCCGCGGUCCCGGCUCUCCUCUCGACCCAGAUCUUCUCCUCAACGCUCCAAGCAAACCAGACGAAGAGUUCUCGGCAGUGCUGUACAAAAUAUUCCUUCUGACUGGAUGAUGUGGGUGUUAUGUGACUUUGGGAGUGUGGUAUUUCCGUUCUGUAUCCUUUUUAAAAUUAUCUCUGCCAUUCAUUCCUAUUAAAGGG